AUGGAUUAUUUUGACUCACCAGUGGUUUUUUCAAACUCACCCAGAAAAGCGCGAGGACAAAUUCAGGUAAUUUUUGGACCGAUGUUUUCAGGCAAAAGCACUGAACUGAUGAGAAGAGUUCGCCGCUUCCAGAUAGCCCAGUACAAAUGUUUGGUGAUCAAAUACGCCAAAGACACUCGUUAUUCUGACACUGGCAUGGCCACGCACGACCAAAACACCAUGGAGGCCGUGCCAGCCACCUGUCUGAGAGAUGUUCGCUCCAUGGCGCUGAAAGCCUGCGUUGUUGGGAUUGAUGAAGGCCAGUUCUUUACAGACACAGUUGAGUUUUGUGAGGAGAUGGCCAAUUUAGGGAAGAUCGUCAUCGUAGCGGCUUUGGAUGGAACCUUCCAGAGGAAACCUUUUGGAAACAUCCUAAACCUCGUUCCUUUAGCGGAGAGCGUGGUGAAGCUCCACGCCGUCUGCAUGCAGUGUUAUAAAGACGCUGCCUACACCAAGAGGAUCGGAGCGGAGAAGGAGGUGGAGGUGAUCGGCGGUGCUGACAAAUACCAGGCGGUGUGUCGAAAGUGUUACGGCGGACACGUGGAAAAAGAGAACAAACCUCACGUCAGGAACGAAACGCCACAACACCUCGCGGGGAAACUCGUGGACCCAAAUUUCCCCCGGAAACUCUUUUCACAUCUCCACCUCUGAC